UCCUCCCUCCACACAGUCAGAGCGUAGAAGCAAAGCAAGUUGUGCUGGCAGGAGCCUGAGCCUCGCGAUAAACCCUGGCAUCAGCCUGCCUUCAUCCGGCAGUCAGCGAGGACACUUAAGGGCGCAGGGGCAGAGAGACAGGACGGAGAGAGAGUGAGACAGACAGAGAGAGAGAGAGAGACAGAGUGGUGUCAGGAGCAGCCUCCAGAGGGCUCUGACUGGGCUCCAGAGGGCUCUCCACAGCUCUGUAUGCAGUAGCUCUUUCUGCUGUUUCCCGACGCCGGCAGGGUUCAUGAGGAUGGCGGGUGGCUUCUUCUUUCUCACAGCAUCGUCACUAGAGCAACGGUAGCAUCAGCAUCUACAGCAGCAACAGCUUCAGCCUCAGCAUCAUCAGUAGCAGCAGCAGCCGGAUCUAGACUCUGCUGCUGGUCCCUAUUCUUCAGCCGCCUCCUCUCUCUGGUGUCUAAGAGUGCUGCUGUUAAGGCCGUUCCGCCCACCUCCACUCCUGCCUCCUCCUCCAUCCUGCCUCCUCCUCCAUCCCGCCUCCUCCUCCACAUCUCCAUCCUCAACAUGCUCUCCUUUAUUCCUUCCAUUGAGCCACGGCACUGAAUUAAUUCUUCACCCUCUGACUGGAGCUGCUUUCUCUAGGAUGACAGUGUCAUGUGUGAUUGGCCAGCUUGCCCUCUGGCAGUAGCAUCAGCCUGGAUUCAGUGUGUGUCUCGCCCCCCUGCCUGUGCCUGGGCUCCGGCUGUCCCCGGGGAUGCGCUACUGGGAUUUACCUCUUACUGCUGGAUGGAGAUGGCGCAGGGCUUUCUGCCUUUUUGAAAACUGUUCACCAAAGGAGAAAUACACAGAUAAAAAGAAGGAGGAGAUAUAAUGAAUCAAUCAGCAGCACAACCAGGCAGACUGCUGGUCUCCCUUAGCAACAACUCAGGGAGCGAAAGAGAGAAGUGAAUCGUCUCUUCCUAUCUUCUCUGGUGUCUGGUUUCUGGGCGCACCCCUGCAGACCAGAGAGGACCAACAGUCAGAUCUGAAAGGGCAAGAUAAGGGACACUGCAUGGGCACGAAGGACACGCAAGUCACCCUAACGCCAGGGGAAGGACCCUCCUCUUCCUCCUUCUCUGGUUCAUCACCAUGUUGGUUUGUCAUUCUUCCCCUGCACGUUCUAUUCAUUAGUCACAUUUUACUCGCUAAGAUGUCCGUUUAUCCUCAUUCCUGCCACCUGGACUAAGCCCUGCCACUGAAGAACAGAUUGGACAUUCUUCACACACACACACACACACACACACACACACACACACACACACACACACACACACACACACACACACACACACACACACACACACACACACACACACACACACACACACACACACACACACACACACACACACACACACACACACACACACACACACACACACACACACAGAGAGACACUCACCCCUCCUCCUACCUUCCUUCCUCCUCUCUUUGAUGAGAAAUGAACAACACAUGUCGGUCAUCAUCUGAACAUAAAAUGGAUGGGUGCAGAAGUUGCUUUUGAUGUGGGCUAUUUCUUUAUUCCAUCAAGAUUAGUUUGUUCUCCCGUCACUUCUAAGAGAAAGGGAACACUGCAUGGCGGAGGACACAGGAGGAAUAUCUCUUGUUUUCAAAAGGAUUUCUUCUCCUCUCUCCCUCAAAAAGACAGAUGCCAAACUGAGGGAGUAUAUUUAGAAGGUAAAGCUUGUCCCUACUUCCUACCAAUAAUGUAGACCAAUAUCAUUAAAAAAAAUGAGCAACUGCUGGGAGUUCUACUUUUCUAUGCUUGGAUAUUCUGAUCUACAGGGGAGGCUGAACAUGAACCCCUUGUUCAGCUUGACAACCUGGGAUGCACUCUUUUACAGUAACCUGGCUGACACCAAGUCACUGCAUCGUACCCGCUAAAUAAGAUUGUAAAGGAAGGUGAGUGGGAGGGGAAAAUAGCAACUUCCUCUUACAGACGAUCUAAAUAAAUAUCCUCCUCAGAGACCGAUGCAAAAGUAUACACUGACACAUGAGAUGAGUAGGCUCUCUGGCUCAACACUAUUAUAUAAGGUGUUUUCACACACACCAUCUUAGCUCCUGUUAUUUUCUUCUUCCUCCUGUUCCGUGGAUCUAACUUGAGUUUUUUCAUGUUUCUUUUGGCUUCAUUUUUGGUACUAUCCAUCCUGGAGCCAUGGAUGGCGGAGGGUAACGCCAGGGGGUUGAGCGCUCAGGCCAGACAAGGUCUUUUGGCUGUCCAGGGGCUUUUAAGAUGUUGAGGUCUCCCUGCGUGGCCGGGGCCCCUGUUCGGAUCAGUAGCAAUGAGGCUCCUCGCAGCCAUAGACAUGGACCCCGACUCGGCUCCCCCCCGCCCCUGCCAUCAGCCCGCCGGCCCCUGGCCCCAAGUCGCCCUGUGAAGGAUGUCCCUCAGCAGAGCUCCGGCCCGGGACACCUCUGAGACCCCCAGCCAGACCCCCAGAGAACGCAUCCGCAGCCACAUGAAGAUGGUGAUCAACCAGCUGGACGGCAUUCUCAAAGAGCUCAAGGAUGUGGCCAAGGAACUCCGGGAGGUGGUGGGUCAGAUCGACAAGCUGACGUCAGACUUUGACUUUGACCUGGAGCCAGAUGACUGGACAGUGGCCACAGCGAGUAGCACGUCUAGCAGCGAGAGGGGCCUGGGAGAGGCCUUCAGGCUGGACUUCCUCAACCCUGACGUGCUCCCAGACAGCUGGGAGUUCUGCAGCUAUCUGGAGGCCUCCGUCGCUGCAGCAAACGCCGCCCACAAAGCAGCGCCAACGGUGCAGCCCAAGGAUGCAGGGCUGGAGCCGGGGGCGGGGGCGGAAUGUGGGUGCAUCCCCACCCAGACCCAGACCCCGCCACCCACAACCGCCUCAGCCUACUCCCAAAUGAAUGGGGGGCUGCCCAUCCCUAACGGACCUCUCAUAGUCACCCCAGACUCAUCCAGCGCCAGCGAAGAGGCUUCCAGCUCCACACACAGCCACAAGACCUCCCGCACGUCCGGCACCAGAGAUAGAGUCCGCUUCAGUGACAAGAUCCUAUACCACGCGUUGUGCUGUGAUGAUGACGAGGAGGAUGAAGAGGAGAGAGAUGAGGAGAAGGGCGGCUGUGCGACCCCAGACACUGACGACAGUGAGCCCAGUUCUAGUCAAGCCGGCUCGCCCACACCACCGCUCUCCUCCUCAGAGCACUCCGUCCUCCAUAACUGUCUGGACCCUUCUUAUGUCUCGUUACCAGUGAACGUGGCAGCGGGGACUCAUACGCUGCCUAGAAAAGGUCUUCUCAAUCCCGCAAGCUGCCGAAAAAAACUGCUACGGAACAGCAGCACACAGACUGUUUCAGAUAAAAGCACCCAAACUGUACUGCCCUAUAUUCCAGCCAAACAGAAAACAAAGGACCACUGAGAAACAUUAACUUUACAACAACAGAACUAAUGAAAAAGGACUGUGUACUAUUUAAUAUUAAAUGCAUAGAUCAUAGAUUAAUACACAACUAAAUAAAUACAUAUUAAUUACUAAAUAAAUACAUGAUAUGGGAAAUUACUCACCUACCUAAAGUCAUUAUGAGGCUCAGGGAAAUAAAGGAUAAAGGCAGUUCCUUAAGGCAGUAAAAGAGAGAAAAGGGAUAUUGACGGACCAAAAGGCUAGUGCCUGCUAAUGUUAAGAAAUGGACCGGAUGGAUUCCUUAUUUAUAAUCAUUUGCAACACUUAUUGAGAUGACUGAAGCAAUCACUUUUCUAGGAAGUUGAAAUUGUUCUGAAAUCGGAAAGUAAGUGUGAAGAGGUAAUUUCCCUCCUCGUACACCAGUAUAAAUCACAAGAAAAUAUAUUGCUUGUUCUUUAAGAUGUGGUUAAAAAAUACUGCACAUUCUGUAAACUGAGAAUCUGUAUAAACAUUGUCUUUUUCAUCUUCCAAUUA